GGUGCGCUGUGUCCCUCGGACACAGUGGAGCACCAAUCACGGAAAGAGCCGAAGAUGUCAGCUCGGUCAUGUCAUCAGCUGAUCCAAUCACAGCUGAUCACAUCUGUCACGCUGACAGAGGAGAGGAGAGACGGUAAUCAGCAUUCUGUGGAGGGGACAUGUACACUGAUCAUCAGGGCACUGAUGAUCAGUGUGCCCUGAUGAUCAGUGUAGCCCCAGCAGUGCCACCUGUCAGUGUCCAUCAGUGCCUUAUGUCAGUGCUCAUCAGUGCCUCGUGCCACUGCCCAUCAAUGCCACAUAGCAGUGCCUACCAGUGCACAUCAAUGCCACAUAUCAGUGCCCAUCUGAGCUGCUUUUCAGUGUCACCCAUCAGUGCCAAUCAGUGCCACCUAUCAGUGCUGCCAAUCAGUGCCACCUAUCAGUGC